CAUCCUUGAAUUAGUUCAGAGGCCACCUAUCCCCCGUCGGCCUCAGACAAAUAUUUGACCUCUGAGGAAAAGGAGUUUGUUAGCUUUUCUAAAGGAUUGUCAGAUUUUAUAUUUAAACAGCACUACAGAAGAGCUGCUGGAAAGCAAACACGGUCCGAGCCUUGCACACCCAGUGAGACCUGCGCUUGUCCGCGCAACGCAGAGGCGAAGCUGGGGAGGGCGGGGGAAGAGGAGGAGCUCGGUGCCCGCCGGCACCCACUGCGCAUGACCGCAUGACGCUGCCGCCCCCGUUGCCAAGGCAGCGGGAAGGCGUAGCCCGGAAGGGGAACCUUGCUGAGCGACAGCCCUGAGACUGAUCCCCGGUGCGCUCGGGGCUCGCUAGUUCCUGAGCCAGUUUUGACCGGAACAAAGCCGAUGAACACCCAAGUAUGAUGCAAAGGGAUAGCCAUCUGCACAGAGGAAUUCACAAGAGCCAGGGGAACUGGCCCAAACGGACUUGAGGGCUAUGGCAGACCUUUCUGAGGACACCAUUCCUGAUGAGGUACAGAGUUCCGGUUCAUUCAGCUCCUCUGGAGGACUGCAGCCCUGGCCCCAGGCCUCUGGGAGCAAACCUGCGAGUGGAAAGCCGACCACACUCUUGGAAGACGGAGACAAACAAUCUGAGCCUCCAGACUACAAAAAUAAUGAGGAGAAGUUCAGCAGAAAAUGGAUCAACUAUCUCAAGGGCAAAGAAACUAACUCUGGACAGUACCAACCAGACGCUAAACUUCAGACACAAAGCACUUGGGUAUCCGAUGAAGAACUGAACGCUCGGCAGUCUUUUUGUGCUGUUAAGAUAAGCCUGAUCCAUCGCAGAGCAAACUUGAAGGAGAAAAAGAGCAGCAGACAAAAAAAGCCACAGCUUAGAUUGGUUGCAGAGGCUUCAGAGAUAGAUGCCUUAAACUGUACUGUGCCUGAUGAACUUUUGAAUAGAAUCUACUUAAAAAACAUAAGGACAGCACCAAAACAGGUGGCAACAGCUGAUCAACACAUUUCUUCUCAGUGCCCCAGUUGCAACAGAAAAAGAGCAGAACUGGCUCAAUCGGCCUUUCUGAGACAAAAGAAGACUUUACUGGAGUCACUUCUACUCCAAGAGAAAAUGGAUGAACAUCUUUAUACCAGAGACUUUCUUACCCUUAUUGGAGAUGCACAUCAGGGCCUCCCCAGGCUUUCAGAUGAUCCCAAAAUAAUCUGGAAAAGACUGAAUGAGAAAAGGCAGAUCAGAAACUCUGGUUUUGAAAGGUCAGAUACAGAACAGGUGUGGCAGAAUGAAAACAGUGUUUGUCAUUUACCUUUUCUCCACCACCUGUCCAAACCACUUACGCUAUCCAAACAGGACACCGUGUUUAUUAAUGAUAAUGUGUAAUGUGGAUAAAUGUUUCUGUUGUGUAUUUGAAUAAUCAUCAUUUUUACAGGCACUUUGGAAACCAAUUUAAGACUUUACUAUGUUUUCUUCACAGAUGUGACGACUAAAAACUUUCCAUCCAGUACAUUUUUUCACAUUAUAGAGGGCAACAUUGUAGUUGGUAUACUUGCAAAGUUUUCACAAUCCAGGAGAGAGAUGUUGGUAGUUUAGACUAGGGUUUUGACCAUACCAACAGAAAGAAGUACAGAAGUGUAAGAGAUAGGUAGGAGGUAAUAACAGUCUUUGGUGAAGUAAUGGAUAUGGGAUUUAAUAAAGGGUAAAUGUUAAUAAUGUUA